AUGGAGAUGGGAGCAACGUACAACCACAGAUUGUUCUCAUUCUUUGCAGAACAGAUCUUUAAUUCAGCUUCUGACCUCUAUGGAGAAAUUAAUUUAAAUUCAAACUUGAUUCAAAACGAUUUCUCAGCAUUUGAGACUUAUUUGAUCAAACUAAUGAACUGUUUGUUCAUUGAGAACGGAAAUCAGAUUUUUGAGCAAUUAUCUGACGUAAUUUUUCAAAACAUCAGUUCUGAUGACAAUUUGGUCAAAUAUAUUGGGCUAUGUAUGCUAGAAUCGUGUUUUGUUGAGGAUGACAACAAAUAUACAGAUUUAAUUUUGAAUUUUAUUGCAGCAAUUCAAGAACAGCUGUUCCAAUGCUUCCAAUGUCGUGAUGCUCAUGUAAUCAUCCGACUUUUGGAGGUUUUCUCCAAGUUUUUCUUGGCAUAUCCAAGAGAAAUACGAAAAAAUGACGAAUUCUGCCAACUUUUAUGGGAAAACUUUACCAAUUUGGUCAGAUCAAACCCUUUCGAUUAUAUACAGGACAUUUUAUGCAAGACUUUGAGAGUUUUGAUUCCAAUUGAAGCAGAAAAUCCCCAAUACUUUAAGAUUUUCAUAGAAAUAGCAUACGAAAUGAUUAAAACACCGAGGAUGGCCAACUCAGACCUUAUUCAUUCGCCUUUUAUGUUAAUUCAAGAAGUUAUCUCAUUUUCAACAAAAGAACACUUUCCAAAUAUACUUGAAUACAUACAGAUGAUUGUUCCUGAUAUCAACCAGUCCAUUAAAAACGCAGUUUCUAGUGAUGAAAACAAAUAUGAAAUCGUAGUUCUUCAGGAUAAGAUGUCAAUCGUUAGUGAAGCUCUUUCCAAGUAUUACAAUCUCAUGGAGACCUUAAGAAUAGAUCCAAAUAUUACAAAUCAGCUUGAUCUUCUCUUUGUUGAUUUUAUUAACCCUUGGAUUGAACUUAUUAACCGAAAUUCGUUCUACCAGGAAGAAUUACUUGACUUAUUAUGCAAUAUUAUAAGGACAUUACCCCAUAUUUCCCAAGAUUACGCAGAAAACAUUUUUAAUUCAAUGAAAGAAGUCAUAAUAAACGGAAGUCCAGCAGCACAAGGUAAAGCUGGAUAUGCAUUGGCCCAGCUUUCCUCAAAAACUGGUAAAAAUGACGAAUAUAUUGAUGCAGUUUCGUAUAUGAUUGAUCUUUUAGAGACAGGAAAUGAAGUAUUCACCAAACAAUUCUUUGCUGAUAUGAUGUAUGGUAUUGCAAUCAUUAUUAAGAACCAACAACUUAAUGAUUUUAAUAAUCCCCACAUUUCCAAGUAUUUUGAAAUCUUAAGAUGGAUCUGUUUUGAAAAUCCAGACAUUUCUAAUAGAGAAGCACGUAACGAAGUUUCAUAUCUCUACAGAUACGUUUUUCAUUCUUAUAAUGAGUUGGUUGACGCAUUUCAAGACGCAGAUAUAUCAACACUAUCCGACAUAUACGACGAUAUCUUCAAUUUCAUUAAGAAAACUUACAAAUCAAAAAUUCAAAAUUUGACACUUUACUCGGCAGAGCUAAAACUGCUUGUAGAUAUGACUACUGAAGAUAAGCGUGAGAUAAGAAGAAAGAAAUGCAUCAAUUUCGCUUCUGAUUACAUUAAACCGCUUUUUGUAUUCAUUAAACAACUCCCGAGAAACCAAAACAAGUACGUUAAUUUGAUUAGAAUGGCCGAGAAGUUUGAGGAAGAUAGAAAGAGAUUUUAA